AUGUCUCCAGGCCCCUCAGCACCUGCGGGGGCCACUCCCAGGGCCCGACCGCGGAGCAGCGGCCCCCGCCAGCUCCUGCCUUCCAUGCUGAUGUUUGGUGUGAUUGUGGCAUCGAGCAGCCUGCUCCUGAUGAUUGAGAAGGGCAUCCUGGCAGAGGUGAAGCCCCUGCCUCUGCACCCUGCCCAUGGAGAGCUGCCGGCAAGGCGUGGUGGCAGCGCCGGGGUGGCGAAGGAGGAGGAGGAGGACGUGGCUGCGCAGGUGAUACACGACAUCCGCAACCGGACCAUCCGGGCCGCCUGCGGGCAAGCGGGCACCCCUCGGAGCGUGUGGGAGCUCUCGGCAGCGCAGCGGCGCGUGGUGCUCAAGCACCUCCUGGUGAGCGACAAGCACCGCUUCCUGUACUGCUACGUGCCCAAGGUGGCUUGCUCCAACUGGAAGCGCAUUCUGAAGGUGCUGGGCGGCACCCUGGAGAACGUGAACACCCAGCUGAAGAUGGACCACAGGAGGGACCUGGUUUUCCUUGGCGACAUGAAGCCGGACGAGAUCCGCUACCGCCUCAAGCACUACUUCAAGUUCAUCUUUGUCCGGGACCCGAUGGAGAGGCUGCUGUCCGCUUACAGGAAUAAAUUCAGGAGAUCAAAGAAUACCAGUUAA